AUGAUCCAGGACCCAUGGCGCGACGCUUCGCACACGAUGAGCUCGGCAGAGCUCAAGACGUUGUGGCACGCACUGAAUCGCGAACCGCUCAUGAUAGCUUACUUUAUUGACAUGAGAAUGCCCGAGCAUCUUCAUCGGAUCGAUGCCAAUAUAUAUGCUUUUCUCGACUCGGUGCCAGCGGCACAACAGGCACUGGUUUUUGUCGAUCCGUCGCAACAUUGUGAGGCGCCUGGCUGGCCACUGCGAAACAUCUUGACCAUGUUGCAUGUCCGCUAUGGAAUCCACGAAUGCCGUGUUCUGUGCUGGAAAGAACCUAUGGGUGAUGUGCCGCAUGACCAUGCGCGAAGUAUGAUGGCUUGUUUGUCCUAUCAGCAUGACACUUCUGAUGCAUGUGUUGACUGCAUCAUCCAACGAGCCAAUGCGCCAUCAAAACCUGACGCCGUUGGUUGGGAGCGCGAUGUUCGUGGACGCUUGGUGCCGAAGCUCGUGGCAUUGGGAGAAAUGUUGGAUCCACAGUUCCUUGCGGACCAAGCUGUGGACCUAAAUUUGAGGCUCAUGCGCUGGCGCAUGGUGCCCGACUUAGCGCUCGACACAAUCCAGAGUGCCGAGGCGUUGCUGAUUGGUGCAGGCACACUUGGAUGCUACGUUGCGCGGACACUACUUGGCUGGGGCGUUCGAAACAUCACACUUGUGGAUAAUGGGCGCGUAUCGUUCUCGAAUCCUGUUCGUCAGCCGCUGUACGAGUUCCACGACUGCCUCGAUGGUGGACGACCAAAGGCCGUUGCCGCUGCCGAUGCGCUGCGUCGGAUCUCACCUGGCGUCCAUGCACAGGGCGUUGAGCUGGCGAUUCCGAUGCCUGGGCACGCGGUGCCAUCAUCGCUCUUGAGGCAAACCAGGGAAGCAGUUGAAUCACUCGAAGCUUUGAUCCGUCGGCACGACGUUGUGUUUGUGUUGACAGACUCGCGAGAAUCUCGCUGGCUUCCGACUCUACUUGGUGCUGCGCACAACAAGGUACGUUCUUGGCGCGAUUUGCCAUGCCUGCAAGAUCAUUACACUCACACAUUUGCCGUCUCUCUCUCUUUCACUCUCUUUCCCGUACAGCUGGUAAUUAAUGCGGCCCUUGGAUAUGACACCUACGUCGUGAUGCGACACGGCACAUCUUCAGAGCGUGUGGGGUGCUAUUUUUGCUCAGAUGUCGUGGCGCCAUCAGACUCACAAACGGACCGCACACUGGAUCAAAUGUGUACCGUAUCACGUCCGGGUCUUGCCGCCAUCGCUGGCGCCACAGCCGUUGAGCUAAUGGUGUCAAUCCUGCAGCACCCUCACACACAGAGUGCGUUGUCAGAGACGACCGACGACGACGAAAAAGACAGCGAGCGAUAUGCCGACACCACCAGCGAUGGGAAGUACAAGCCAGUCCAUGAUGAGUCAGUGGCACUACCACAUCAGAUCCGUGGAAAUUUAGGCUCUUUCACUUCGCAUACCAUGGAAAGCCAGGCAUUUGAGCAAUGCACCGCAUGCUCGCCGCCCAUUCUUUCCGCAUAUGAGCAUAAUGGGGCAGAUUUGGUAUGCGCCGCGUGCGAUGACCCGUCUUGCCUCGAACACAUUUCUGGUGUGCAGGCACUCAAAGCCGAUGUGGAUGCGAGGGCGGUCGAUAUUGCUUGGGAUAAUGAACACGACGAUGAUGAUUAG